AUGGAUUUUCAAAGAGUAAUAAUAAAAUGGGUAGAAAAAAAAAAAAGUUUUAAAAUAGGAAAAAAGAUAAGUCAGAGAAAAUUAUAUUUUUUUAAAAAAGCUGCAAAAAAAGAUAUAUUAGAAAACCUUUCAAAUAUUAAUGCUGUCAAAGAUAGUACUAUAUAUGUUGAUUUGUUUCAAAAGAAGAAAAUUGAUAUAAAAUAUGAAAAUAAAUAUAAUAACAUAAAUUAUAAUAGUAAAAAAUAUGAAUUUUUAAAUGCAACCAACAAUAACAAGUAUAUAUAUAACGAUAAUUGUAAGAAUCAUAAUUAUAUUCUUAAAAUUAUAUUUUUAAAUUUAAAAAAUAUUACAUUUUUAUUAGGAAAAAAUGAUUUACAAAUACAUCGUAUAUUAUGUCACAAAUUUAAAGAAGAGUUAAACUCUCUUUAUUAUGAGUCAAUUUCCAAAAAAGAUAAAAAAAUAAAUAAUUCCACACUCAAAUAUAUAACAUUGGAAAAUAUAAUUAAUUUAUUUAACUAUUAUAUAUAUAUAAAAAUAUAUUAUUAUGAUUUUUUAAAUACACUUUUGAGAUAUAUAUUUUAUAAUUUUGAAGACAUAAAAAAUGAAAAUAAUAUAUAUAUAAUACCCUACAAAUUACACAUUAAUUUUUUAAUGUCGUGUGUAAAUUUAAAAAUACAAAUAAAUAAAAUAUUAAAAAAAAAUAAAACCAAAAAAUCAUUUAUUAGUUGUUAUGGAAAUCUUUUUCUUAAUUCUUCCUCAUAUCAUUAUUUACAAAAUUGUGUUAUAACAAAAGAUGGGUCGUCUUCUCUUCAUUCAUUGUCACAUCAGUAUCCCAGAAUUGUGAAAAUAGCUAACUAUCAUAAUGAAAAUAGAAAAACAGGUCAAUGCGAAACUUGCGUAAAAUACCCUUUACAUAAAACAGCUCCAUAUGGGUUUGUAGACUAUUUCAUAAAAAAUAAUAUAAAAAAAAAAAAAUAUGUCCACUUUUUUUUGAUUAAAAAAGCGUAUUAUAAAAAUUUAAAUCACGAAAGAUAUACAAUUAGAAAAUAUAAAAAUUCCAUGAAAAAUUGUGUAGAUCUGAUAAAUAAAUGUAUCUCCAUUUGCUUAAAUGUAAACAUUGAAAAAAAACAAGUUGUAGAUUAUGUUAAAAUUUUGCAAAAGAAAUAUAUGACAUAUGAAACAUGGAAAAAUACAUUAAGCAUUGAUAAAUUCAAUCAACAAAUUUUCGAUUUCUUAAAAAAGGAUAUAUCUUUUUUUAGUAUGGAUGAUUUGAUAUUUAUUAUGAAAUAUUUUAUAAAAAUCGAAAAAAAUAUGCACAAAAAAAAAAAAUUAAAACAGCUAGCCAACUAUUUAUCAAAUAGCUACCUCAUAAAUAAUAUGCACAUAAAAGAAGAGAGAUGGAAUGGAAAAUUAAACAAAAAUUGUCAUAUAAAUAAUUACAAUAUAAAACAAAUAAAAGAUCUUAUAUCAAUAUUAGCAAAAUGUAAAUAUCGUUAUAAUGAAAAUUUAUUAGCAAAUAUAAGUACCUAUAUUUUAGAAAAUAUACACACAAUAAGUUCAAAAGAUUUAAUUCAAUUUGUUAUUAACAUGUACAUAAUAUUAAAGAAUACAGACAGCCAAUUUUUGUACCAAAUUAUGAACAUGUACAAACCACCUAAAAAAUUAAAAAGAGCAAAUAAUGAAAUAAAUAAUAUUUUCUUUAAAAUAAAACGUACAAAUAAUCAAAUAGCAUAUAGAAUGCUAAAUAAGUCGAAAAAUAGCAAAAAUUGUAGAAUAAAAAAUGAACAAAAUGAUGAUAAAUAUUUUAGAGUGUUUGAAAAAAAUGUGAAAAUAAAAAAAUUAUUGUUAUUUAUAAAAAUAUUAACGGAUAAUAAUAUAUAUAUAAACGAAUCUUGGUCAGAAUAUUUUAUUUAUUUAAUAAAAAAAAAAUUUAAUAUUAUAAUAAAUGAAAAUUUAUUGGGUCUUUUAUUUCAUGUAUUAUCACAUAUGCAAUCUAGAUAUAUUUUUUCAGAUUUUUUUUUUUUAAAUAAUAUUAAUAAUAAAUAUAAUAUAUAUAAAAAUAUAAAUUUAAAAACACUUCCUUUAUUUUAUGACUUCCCGUCUCUUCUCCAAAUAACAUUCUUCCUUAGUUUUUACAUGUACAAUAAAUAUAUAUUCAAUGUAACUAAAGUUUUGAUGUUUAACAUUUUAGAUAUUUAUAUCAAAAGCUUCCAAAGAAAAGUGGAUGCACACGAAGGGGAGGACAAAACUAAUGUCAGCAUGGCCGGAAAUGGUAGCACCACCCAAUCGGUUGAACCAAACAAUGUAGAAGCAAACGGUGUAGAAGCAAAAAAUGCAGAAGCAAAAAAUGUGGAAGCAAAAAAUGUAGAAGAAAAUGACGUAGGAGCCCAAAGUAAUUGCGCGAAUAACCUAGAGCAGCUAGCCAUUUCGUGUGAUCAGAAUUUUUUCGACAAAAUGAGAGAACCCAAUUUUUAUGUGCAUGACCUAAAAAUAUAUGAAAAAAAAAAAAAUAAUAAAUAUAUGAAAAAAAAAGAAAAAAAAAAGAAACAAGCACUUAUAAAUAAAAUUAAUAAAAUUGAUGUAAAUCAAAUAUUUACUUUUGAAGAAUUAAAAAAUUAUUUAUUUUUACAAAACCAUUCAAUAUCACAAGAAACAAAAAUAACUGAAACAAUUUCAGAUUCAAACAAUACCCCUCUUAAUAAAGAAAAAGAUAAAUAUGUAAAAAUAAUAAAUGACAAUAAAUCUGAAAAUUAUAUAAGUAAAGAAAAUAUUUCCUUAAUUUAUUAUCACAAACAGAUGCAAUCUGUAUUUAAUGAUAGACUCAAAACUGACCAGAAUAAAAGUUGCAAAAAUGUUAAUUUGUUAAAAUAUAUUUAUGUUGAUAAAAAAGAAAAUGAAAAUAAAUCGGAAUCUUUUAGUAAUCAACUAAAUAAGGAGACAACAGUUUAUUCGCAUUCAUAUAAAAGUCAUGAUAAUGAUAAUAGUGAUCAUUGUGAGAAUAAAAAUAACAACUACUUUGACCAAUUAUUAUUUUCACGAAGUAUAAUUAUAAUAAUAUAUAACUUCAUUUUUUAUUUUACAAACCAUAGUACAAUUUCUAUACAUCCAUCACCUUUAUAUCAAAAAAUAAUGCUAAAAAAAUUUUCAUAUAAUGAAUUAAAAAUGUUAUAUGAAGCUUAUACAUUAUCUUCUUAUUACAUUAAUUUGUCAAUAAAUAUUGAGCAAGUAAUGAAUAAUAAUAAAAAUGCAUCUUCUUCGAAAAUGCAUAAAAAUAUAUUAUCAAGUUUGCGUGAAAUGAAUCUCAAAAGAGAAGUCAUAAGCGAGUUUGUUGUUCACCCCUUUAAAAUUGACAUUUGCAUAAAAAACUGA